GUUCUUGUGCAGACGUUGAAAGAGUGCUUUUGACUAUUGGUAAUACUAUUUAAUAUAUAUCAUAGAAAAUAUGUCUGGAGUGCGCGUCGGUCGUGUGCCUAAGCGUAAGAGAGGAGACCGUGCUAAAGCCCGGUCAGUAUUGAGAAUGAUGGCAAUAAUGCAAGACAGAAAUAGCGAGGAGGUACCGCGUGAGUUCCUCGAGACAGGUCGCACGGGGCGCCGCAAUGCGAUGCCUGACAUCUUACACCCACAGGGCGCGGAAGUUACCACCGCCGACCUGCCUUCCAGGCUGCAGAAUCUCGUUACUAUAACUGAUCCUGUUCAAGCUGGUCCUUCGAAGCCGGAAUUAGAGCCGACGAAGCCCGACGAAGCUUCAGCAAAAAAUGACUGUAGUUGAGCUGACUCUUUAAUGGGUCCCUGACCGCACUGGACUUGCCCAAAGCUUGUAAUCUCAUCAUUAACAUAGUAUUACUAGCAAUGAUAGACUUUUGUAAGGUAUGAAGUAGGGUAGAUUCUAUCGAAUUUUUAUUUGUAUCACGUCUGUACACAAAAGCUAAUCAAAUUUAACAGCUGCAAAAAUAUUGCAGUCUAUUUGACUGCUAAGGUCAGCUUUAUAUUUAAGUAACUUUUAUAUUUGAGUGGCUUUUGAGUAUACAAUUUUAUACAUUAUAGUCUAGCCUUGUUUUCUUUGGCUACUUUCAAUAUGAUAUACGUAGUAUAUAAUAAUUCAUGUAUAAUACUACCGUAAUAUAAUAAUACCGUUUGGUUAGGUUUAGUCUUCUAGGAGCAUAUUCUAAAACAUGUGUUGUAUCUGGGAUUUAUAACUGUCAAAUUUGACAGAUCUUGAAAACUAGAUUAAUGUUAGUUUUACGUUAGGUGUAAAAUUUGUGUGAUACAUAAAUUGAUACUUAAUUCAUCCAUUUUAUUGAGGUCACAUAAUAUUUACAAUUUAAUUUAUUGAUUUAUGUUACAAUAAUAUAGUCAGUAGCUAGUUUAUUUAAUGCAAUGUGUUUGGUUGUGUGUUUGUGUAGAUGUUAGCGACUUUUAAUGAAGGUUAAUAAUUUGUGAUAUUCAGUGCGUUAUAUGUUCCUAAACUACUUAAAUAGCGCAGUAAAAUUUAUUUUGGAAAUAAAUGUUUGGAUAGUUGUGGAAAGGCCUCACAGAACGUAGGAAGCCGUACGAACAUUUUAGGCAACAAACAACGUGAUUUCUUCAACGGCCUUAUGAAUUACGAUAAACCUCUCGAUGGAGCAUAAAUACCUAACGAACAAAACAAAGAACAAAUUAUUUAACGUGACAUUUGUAAUUUGCGUCGUGCUAUACGUAACAGUAAUAUUCGUAAAAUUUUCUUAGAAUGUGUCACGAAUUUCGAAUUUUGCGUGAAACAUUUGGGUAACAAUUACGUUCUAUAGUGUUUUGAAUAAAAAUAUUUCUUGUCUAAAUUUACACAUGUUUAUUACAGCGAGCGAUAAAAAUCCGUAAAUUGUAAAAAAAUAUUCCGUUUGUCAAUUAACUGUGAAUUGUUGAAUACGCCUACUUAAAUUUUCCAGGAUUUAUGAUCUCUAUAGUAUGAGUACAAUUAAUACGCUGUGUCCGCGGGCGGAUGUGACGUCAUUGGUUGUAAAAAGUUCGUUAGAGACCCGAAACGUCGCAGGGCUGCCAAUCUUAUAAUUGGAUUCAAAAUGUGUAAUAUCUGUGGUUUAUAUUAUAACCCAAUCAAGUUAAAUAUCUAUUGAAAAUUGAUUAAAGAAUAUGUUGUUUUUCAAGGUACAUACAUCAAAUUGAUAAAACAUCAUAUUAUGUAUUUUUAACAGGUUAUUUUUCAAAAAAAUACAUCUAUAGUAGACAUAAUGAGAUUCUAUGUAUAAUUGUAAAGACACGGAGAUAUAGAUUGAACCUACUGGCAGCCCUGGGAUUACAAAAUCACUUUACGAAAGGCGUAGCCCACUAAACGGUGUUCUAUGAGAAUUAUAUUAGUUCACUCUUUGACCCGUGACUAAAGUGAUAUUGUUUUUCGGUCAGUCAGUUUCCGGUCGCCAAUCAAGUCUGUCAAAAGAGUCUUUAAUACUUCUUAGACAAAUCUAUUGUAAGUUUUUCAUCGAAUUCGUCUACUUGUAGUUACAUCGAAAUAUUCAACGAUAGUUGUCGUUUGAUGUUUCAAUUUUUAGUCAAUUAUAGUGACUACUACUAAUUAACUUGAAUAAUCGUGGAGUUAAUUAUUAUUUGGGUUAGUCUAGUCUAUGACUGUAUUUCAUUAAAUUUGACGUAUAUCUUUAAAUGUCAACCUUUGAAUUGUAUACCUUUUUUGAGUAAUCAUUAGACUGACUGAUGUGUUUGAAAACUUACAAUCCCAAUAAAAGGUUAUUAAAAUAAACGAAAUGAACAAGUAAAAUUGAGAUAUUGCCAUCAAUUAGUAAUGAUUAUUGUUGUUAUGUUAAAUAUUUUCGUUUAUUCCCAUAGAAGUAUGUUUCUGACUUUAGUUUGGCUGUUUCAAAAAGUUUGUUUUAAUGCGUUAUGUACGAAGAUCCGAACUUUAAAGUUAUGUUAUUUAUUAUCUCAAUACAAAACAUCAGUUAAUAUUUUUACGUAUUCAUUAAAUACAGAUUUAGAAAUAAUUCUUGAACCCAUGCAAACCCAAAACUCGAAGAACGGUAAAAAUUAGUACAAAAGUUACUGACACUGAUACAAGUCGAAUAUGUAAUUUAUUUCUCGUAGAUUAGUACGAUAUUAUGGGUGUAAUAAAAUUUUGUAUGUUUAUAUUAACGUCUAGAAUAAAUAGCAUUAUAAACAUAUCCAUUUAUGACGUAGUGGCAUUAUUCAAAACUGUGUUGUUUUCGCAGAAGAUUGUUUAACAGUAAGAAUCAGACAUUAAACAAUUAAUUUGAAAUGUAUAUUCGAACUUAGGAAAAUACCCUUUUUAUAAAAAAAUAAUCGUCUCUUUCUGUCAAAUUGUGAUUACAUUAAAAUGAAAAGAGACAGAUGAGUACAUUCGUUCAUACAGUGCAAUGUGACUGAUUAUUUAUGCGUAUCUUAUAAAUAAGAUGUGAAGAAUUUUUAAUUUUCAAGUAAAAACGAUUUAUGUUUCACGAUUAUUAAGGCCGUCUACCUUUGAGACAAUAUUGCGCAGUACGUAUCUACAAUAUAUAUAUAUUAUAGAUUGUAUUAAAUGUCUAUUAAAAGUACUCGUAAUCACGUCGAAUCUAAUUCAUUGCUUGAUAUGCACCACAUGUAAAGUGAGUGCAGAAUAUGGAUCACAGAAUCUUUUCUUGUAUUUAUAUUCGAAUUAGCGGUAUUCAUUUCGACAGGACUAUAUUUAUAAUUCUAUAUACCUUCCAGAAUGUAAUUACAGUUAUUUCAAGGAUAUCAAAUAUACAUUUUUGACUGCUAUCAAGGAAUUAACUGGUACUUGAUAACGUCUUAGAGUACAAGUGAAAAUACUACUUGUCUGCUUUUAGUAUCACGCUUUGAUGAUCUUCUCAGUAAGAUUACAUUACCCUAGAAGCGUUUUGUAUAACACCGACUGUCAACGCAGCAUUUAUAUAGCAAUAAUUCGCGCCUCUCCCAUUAUUUGUUACAAUAUUCUUCAGUAAUCAGUAGGAUUCUAAAAUCAGCCUUAAAGAUUAUACUAAUAUUAGACGCACAGGAUUUAUUGUAGUUAUCUUCGGUUGCAUUUUAAGUUUACGAUUGUCAUGGAAAUAAUAAAUGUGAUCUUACUAGUGACUCUUUCUUUCUUUAGUCUCCCAAAUUGUAUAGUUCUAAGCAUCUAUUCGUUAUAAUUUAUAUAUAUUAAAAUAUAUAUUUUUGUUUUUGGGCUGUGUAAAUAAACCGUACAAUGUUA